AUGUCCCUCAUCUCCCUGGCCGUGCUCUCGUACGAGCGUUGCUGCACCAUGACGAGAACGGCAGAGCCUGACACCACCAACUACAGGAAAGCUUGGGCAGCCAUCAUCCUGUCCUGGACAUACUCCCUGCUCUGGACUGUCCCCCCACUGCUUGGCUGGAGCAGCUAUGGGCCAGAAGGAGCAGGGAUAACCUGUUCUGUGAACUGGCAUUCCAGGGAUGCCAACAACGCCUCCUACAUCAUCUGUCUUUUCAUCUUUUGCCUCGUGAUCCCGUUUGCCAUCAUUGUCUAUUCCUAUGGGAAGCUGCUCUGUGCUGUCAGACAGCUCUCCCAGCCCAACACCUCUUCUGCAAAGAAGCGGGAGCAGCGCCUCCUGCUCAUGGUGAUGGUGAUGGUGAUGGUGAUGGUGAUGGUGCUGUGCUUCCUCCUCUGCUGGCUGCCCUAUGCAGCUGGGGCACUGCUGGCCACCUUUGGGCAGCCUGGCCUCAUCAGCCCUGCAGCCAGCAUCAUCCCAGCCAUCCUUGCCAAGAGCAGCACUGUCUACAACCCCAGCAUCUACGUGUUUCUGAACAAACAGUUUUACAGGUGCUUUGUGGAGCUCCUGAGGUGCAACAAAUCCCCCCAGAGCUCCUUGCCCAGGCUGAAAAAGCAGCAACAAACCCCAGGUUCUGAAGAGCUUCUGCCAAAGCCCAGCCAAGCCCAAAAGAGAGAUCCAGAGCUGGGUGCUGUAGGGGGGCUCCAAGAAACAAGCUGCAUGUGA